AUGCCUGCGGGUUGGAGGAGAGGAACGGGACGGCUGCGCCCGACACGGCCCUCGUUUUUCCAGCCGUGGAUUUCAAAAGUGCUUGCAGCCGGGGCCUCAGAGAAACUGAAAUGCCUUGAAGAAAAUGAAGAUCCAGAGGUCAUCCCCGAGGAUACUGACCUGAUGACUUUAGGGGUUAGAAAGAAGUUCUUAGAACAUCGAGAAGAAACCAUUACGAUAGAUCGAGUCUGCAGACAAGAAACGUUUGCUUAUGAGAUGGAGUCGCAUGCCAUAGGAAAAAAGCCUGAAAAUCCAGCAGACAUGAUCGAAGAAGGGGAGCUUAUCCUAUCUGUGAAUAUCUUGUACCCUGUUAUAUUUCAUAAGCACAAAGAGCACAAACCAUACCAGACGAUGCUGGUACUGGGCAGUCAGAAGCUCACAGAACUGAGAGAUGCAAUUCGCUGUGUCAGUGACCUUCAGAUUGGUGGCGAAUUCAGCAGUACUCCUGACCAGGCCCCUGAGCACAUCAGCAAAGACCUAUACAAAUCAGCCUUCUUUUAUUUUGAAGGAACAUUUUACAAUGAUAAAAGAUACCCAGAAUGCAGAGAUUUGAGCAGAACUGUCAUUGAGUGGUCAGAGUCCCACGACAGAGGCUACGGGACGUUUCAGACCGCCAGAAUGGAAGAGUUCACCUUCAGUGACUUGUGCAUUAAGCUGGGUUUUCCGUACUUGUACUGUCACCAGGGAGACUGUGAACACGUUGUUGUCGUUACUGACAUGAGGCUUGUGCACCAUGAUGACUGCGUGGAUAGGACACUCUAUCCCCUCCUUAUCAAGAAGCACUGGCUGUGGACCAGAAAAUGUUUUGUUUGUAAAAUGUACACUGCCAGGUGGGUGACGAACAAUGACAGUUUUGCGCCAGCGGACCCUUGUUUCUUUUGUGACGCCUGCUUCCGAAUGCUGCACUAUGGCCCCGACGGCAACAAGCUGGGCGAAUUCCUUGCGUUUCCUUACGUGGAUCCUGGAACCUUUACCUGAAAGGCCCCCCCCACCCCCCCACAAAAGUGCACGUGAAAUAACCGUGCUCUUGAUGGCUGCUUUGUCUUCAAGAAAUGCUGCCGAGGACAGGACCCACCCGGAGCAAGCGGCUAAAGCUACCGAAAGAAAGAGUCAGAAUCACAGAUUUUCUCCUCAACUAACUUGAUUGUACUUAAUGUUUGGUAGAUUCAGUUAUUUGAUUUAGUAUUUAUGCAAAGUAUGCUUUUAGUUUAGUGGUUUUUACCCAUUUAAAUGGGUAUCUUAUUGAGCUGUAGACGUGUUUUAUACAUUCUAAAUAUAAAUGCUUUAUCAGA